CUCAGGCUUAAUUUCAACUUCAGGCCUUUGGAUCACAAUUCAUUCUGGACCUCACAUUAAACAAUGACCUGCUGUCCUCAGACUAUGUGGAGAUACACUAUGAGAAUGGGAAGCCGUCCUUUGGAAGGGUGGAGAGCACUGUUACUACCAUGGCCAGAUCAGAGGGAAUGACAACUCUCAUGCCUCUCUGUCCACCUGUAAUGGUUUACAUGGCAUGUUUGAUCCAUGUGUACACAAUUGAGCCACUUAAACAGAAUCACUCUAUUGAGGGAACAGCGAGACCACAUGUGUUACGCAGGAUGACUAUCCUGCAGCAAACUACAUCUGCAGGAGAGGAAGGCAUGGAGGAGGAUUUGUCUUGGCUUCGACGGAGGAAAAAGCGAGCUAUGCCGAGGAAUGUGUUUGAGGAGAUGAAGUACAUAGAACUGAUGGUCGUCACUGACCACAGCAUGUUUAGGAGAAUGAAGUCCAAGCAGCACACACGCCACUAUGCCAAAUCUGUGGUCAACCUGGUGGAUGCUAUUUUUAAAGAACACCUGAACAUGCGUGUGGCGCUGGUCGCUCUAGAGGUCUGGACGGACAAGGAUCACAUUCCCGUUAAUGUGAUUCCAUUCGAAAUGCUGCAAAACUUUUCCAAAUACCGACAGCAGCACAUCAGGCAGCACGCAGAUGCAGUGCAUCUGUUCUCUAACGUGACGUUUCACUAUGCUCGAAGCAGCAUAGCGUAUUUUGGAGGGAUGUGUUCUGUCAGUCAUGGGGUUGGUAUCAUUGAGUAUGGCUCUACGUGGACUAUGGCACCACUGCUGGCCCAGAGUUUGGCUCAGAAUCUUGGUAUUCAAUGGGAUUCAGCAUCAAAGAGAAAGGAUUGUGGGUGCAUUAACUCCUGGCUGGGCUGUAUCAUGGAGGACACUGGGGUCCAGCACCCGCGGACUUUCUCUAAGUGCGGUAUCACCGAUUUUAAAGAGGUCCUGUUGAAGGGAGGAGGGUCCUGCCUCUUUAACAAACCCAGCAAGCUGUUUGGAAAUGUCUUCACCAAGAUUGUGAUGCCUGUUUUUGCAUAUGUGGAAGUGGGAGAAGAGUGUGACUGUGGACCAAGAGAAGAGUGCAUUAAAGAGUGCUGUAAAAAGUGUUCUCUGUCUAACGGUGCUCACUGCAGCGACGGACCCUGCUGCAAUAACACAUGUCUGUUCUAUCCUCGGGGUUACUCGUGCCGCUAUGCAGUAAACGAUUGUGAUAUUUCAGAGACGUGCUCAGGAGACUCAGGGCUGUGCCCUCCCAACCUACACAAGCAGGACGGUCACUUCUGCUCUCUCAACCAGGGUCGCUGCUAUACUGGGGAGUGCAAGACGAGAGACAGUCAGUGUAAAUAUGUGUGGGGUCCAAAGGCUGCGAGUUCGGAGAAGUUCUGUUAUGAGAAGCGGAACACAGAGGGCUCAGAGAAGGGAAACUGCGGUCAAGACAGAGACAAAUGGAUCCAGUGCAGUAAGCAUGAUAUAUUUUGCGGAUAUCUGUUGUGCACUAACACUGACCAAAUCCCACGGAUUGGAACUAUAAAAGGAGAAGUCACUUCUACUCAUUUUAACCAUCAGGGCAGACUGAUUGACUGCAGCGGUGGCCACGUCUUGCUGGAUGAUCAGACUGAUCUCGGGUAUGUCGAGGAUGGAACUCCAUGCAGCCCAUCUAUGAUGUGUCUGGACAGGAAGUGUCUCCCUCUUCAGUCUCUGAACAUGAGCUCCUGUCCCACCGGACUCAACGAACACGUCUGUUCCAGUCACGGGGUGUGCAAUAAUGAGGCGACGUGUACAUGUGACACAACGUGGGCGGGGACAGACUGCAGUAUGCCUGACCCUCCAAAAGUACUGCCCCCUGCUGAAGAUGAAGGACCCAAGGGUCCUAGUGCCACCAAUCUCAUCAUAGGGUCGAUUGCAGGGGCCAUCCUGGUGGCAGCUAUAGUCCUGGGGGGGACAGGCUGGGGGUUUAAAAACGUCAAACGGCGAGGAUAUGAUCCAAAUGCAUCUGCCAUCUAG